UCUCUUUCCACCAGAGAGACUGUUACAACUUGCAAAUGGCUCUGUGAGGGACAGAGAGAGGGAAAGAGCUCUUCUUUAGAUCUGUUCUCUUUCAAGGCGUUUUUUGAUUCUGAGUUCUAGGCUCGGUCUUUGACUCAGUUCCACUCGAAUUGAACGAACUCGGUUCUGUUCAGUUGAACUCUAUGUGUGGACUGCUGUAACUGGCUCUGUUUUCCCCGGUGCGUGCUUGCAUUUUGGAUUGGAUUUCCGGCAUUGGAUCGAGAGAUCGAUUGAAUGACGGCUUGCCAGCUGGAUUUUCCGGACCUCAGGUGAGAGUCCGGGAAUCCCGGCGAUUUUUGCGGAGAAGAUGUUUAAGUCGGCGAGAUGGAGGAGCGACAAGAACAGGAGCAAAGCCGUCUUCAAGCUUCAGUUCCAUGCAACUCAAGUUACGCAGUUGAAUGUGCAAGCAUUGAUGAUAUCAGUGGUCCCUGGCGAUGGAGGAAAACCGAGAACAAAGCUAGAAAAGGCGACGGUUCUAGACGGUAACUGUCGGUGGGAAAAUCCAGUUUACGAGACCGUUAAAUUUGCUCGGGAUCCAAAGACUGGGAAGAUCAAUGAAAGAAUCUACCAUUUUAUUAUAUCAUCAGGAUUGGGAAAAGGAGGAGGUUUAGUUGGGGAAGCUUCAAUUGAUUUUGCUGCUUAUGCUGAUGCAAUUAAAAUUUCCACCGUUUCUCUUCCAUUUAAGAAUUCAAAUUCUAAAGCAAUUUUGCAUGUUUCAAUUCAGAGGCUGCAGGAAAAUGCUGAUCAAAGAGAGGUGGAAGAAAUUGAAAAUGCGAGCAUUGAAUCGCAAGAUAGGAGCUUGAAGGUCGAUGAAAACAUUAAGAACGAAUCCACUGAAGAUGUGACUUUCAGCAAAAUCACCCACAAUGUUGAAUUGCUUGGGAACUGUAGAGGAUCCAGUGGAUCUGAUAUUACCAUUUCAAGUUCUGAUAGCAUCUCUGGACUUAAUACUCCACAAGAACUUGGAAUGAGAAACAACAACAUCAACCAGGACCCUUAUCUGUCAUCUAUGAAUAGCACCUCAGUUAUUCCUAAAGCAACAUCAAUUACUUCCACAGCAAUCUACGAGGAAUGGUCAGCAGGGUCUGAUCUUGGAAUGAGUACUGAUGACUCAAACAGUUCUCAGGACACCUUUCCGCGAGAAAUUUCCCAACAUGGUUCAGAUAAUGAGAUUGAAAAGCUCAAGAAUGAGAUCAUUUCUUUGUCCAGACAAGUGGAUGUGUCGGAUUUGGAAUUACAGGCUCUUAGGAAACGAAUUGUAAAGGAGAGCAAAAGGGGGCAGGAUCUCUCGAGGGAAGUUGUUACUUUGAAAGGAGAGAGAGAUGCACUCAAAUUAGAGUGCAAGAAGCUGAAAGUCUGUGAGAAGCGAAUGGAUGAUGCAAAAGUGAAAAGCAGGCUGCAGAUUGAGAGUGGGGACCCCUGGGUUCUUGUUGAAGAAAUCAGACAAGAGUUGAAUCAUGAGAAGGCAUUGAAUUCCAGUCUUCAGUUACAAAUGCAGAAGACGCAGGAGUCAAAUGCUGAGUUAAUUCUUGCUGUACACAACUUAGAAGAAAUGCUGGAUGCGAAGAAUAUGGAGGCAUCCAAUCCACCCAAUAACAAAUCAGGAUCCCAUGUCAGUGCUGAAGAAUUGAGAGUAAUCAUCUCAGGAAAUCACACAGAUGACGAUGAUGAUGACGAGCAGAAGGAAUUGGAACAACUCGUUAAAGAAUAUAGAGACACCAAGGAAACCUCUGUACUUGAACAAAAGAUCAUGGACCUUCACAGAGAGAUGGAGGUCUACAAGAGAGAUAAAGAUGAUCUUGAGGCACAAAUGGAGCAGCUAGCACUUGACUAUGAGAUACUGAAGCAGGAAAAUCACAACAUCUCCUACAAACUAGAGCAAAGCCAACUGCAAGAUCAACUAAAUAUGCAGUACGAUUGCCCAUCUUCCUUUGCUAACAUAAAUGAACUCGAGGCCCGAAUAGAGUGCUUGGAAAGUGAACUCAACAAGAAGUCAAAAGAAUCCUCUGACUCUUUAACUACCAUAAACGAACUAGAAACCCACAUCAACAGCUUGGAGGAAGAGUUAGAGAAACAGGCACAAGUAUAUGAAAUGGAUCUAGAAUCUAUCAUACAAGCCAAAGUUGAGCAGGAGCAAAGAGCUAUCCGAGCAGAGGAAGCCUUGCGAAUGACAAGAUGGAAGAAUGCUAAUACAGCUGAAAGUCUGCAGGAGGAAUUUAGAAGGCUCUCUAUGCAGAUGGCCUUUACAUCUGAUGCAAAUCAAAAGGUGGCUACAAAAGCUCUGACUGAAGCUAGUGAACUACGCUUGCAGAAAAAUGAGCUGGAAGAACUACUCAAGAAAGCUAACGAAGAGCUGCAAUCAGUUAAGGAGGAUUAUCAGGCAAAACUCUGUUACUUUUUUAAUCAAGUGAAUUUAAAAUCAAAUCAGAUAGUGCAGAUGUUGAAGGAAAUUGAUGAUAAAUCAAAGCAGCUUGAACAUCAAAAGAAGCAUGAAGAAGAAGUUAGUGGGACUUUUUCCCAAGAGAUCCAGAACCUAAAAGCUGAGAUUGACAAGCUGACUACAGAAAAUAAAUGCCUUCGUGAACAAGCUCAACAGACAGAAAAGUUGACACUGGAGUUGGAUCACAUCAAAGCAUUUGCUGAAGAAAUUGAAGUGCAGAAUCAAAGAGGAAAUUUAGAAAGAAAUGAGCUGGUGAGUACAAUUGCUUUGAUGAGGGUUGAGAAAGAAGCUGCAGCUGAAUCCUUGCAAUCAGAGCUGGACACCCUCAAAAAACAAUGCACUGAAUUGAAGUGGUCGGUGUAUGAGGUUGAAGUAGAGAAAGAAAAACUCAGAAAGCAAGUAGUUGAAUUAAAGGAUGACCUUAAGAAGAAGGAAGAUGCUGUUACUACCAUGGAAAAGAAGCUGAAAGAGAGCAAUGAAAGAGCGGCAGUUUCUGAUGGAACAAAAACACCAUUAGAAGACGAUAAAUCUGCCAUGGUUCCUCUCAGUCCUAUAGAGGUUGCAAGCCUAAGGGAGAAAGUAAUGCUGCUUGAGGGACAAAUAAAGUCAAAGGAAACUGCUUUAGAAACGUCAACAAAUGUCUUCUUGGAAAUGGAGAAGGAUCUUCAGAAGAAAAUUGAUGAGUUAGAAAGCAGAGUAGAAGAACUCAGUGAGCGCAGCACCAGUUUCUGCAAAUGCCAACUCCAAAAGGUGUGUAAAUAUUCCGAGGAUACAUCAAAUGACAUUAUAUCAAUGCCUUUUGCGAAAAGCAAGUAUGACAGUUUGUCAGAGAAAGAACAGUCUAUUGUCGAUAAAGACGGUAACCAAGAUGAAUUGAUAGCUGAACUAGAAUCAUUAAGAGAAAGAAACAAAUCAAUGGAAAAUGAAUUGAAGGAUAUGCAAGAACGAUAUUCCGAGAUAAGCCUCAAAUUCGCGGAGGUAGAAGGUGCACGACAACAGCUUGUGAUGACUGUACGUACCCUAAAAAAUACCAAGAGGAGCUGAAACUUAAAAAGGUAAAAUCUUCCUAUACAAAAAAAAAAUGGAACGUAAAAUUGAACUAGUAGCUUGGUGUGCCCGCACGGAAAAAUUUAGGUGGUGACAGUUCCUAUUUUGAGUGAAUAAAUUAAAUUGUACAAAAAAAAAAAUGGACAGUUCCUUUUUAGUUUCCAAAUGUAGGUAAGUUUUCCUUUGAUUA